CAGCGUGAAAAAAGACGAGUGUUGUUGAUAAUGGAGCCGAUAUCGUUCCCCGCUCCAGAGUCUGACCGCGGGAUCCACAGAGUCCAGCCCCAGAGUCUGUGAUGCAGCGGCUGAAGUGGAAUGUGACCUGGGAGAAGCUUUUCUGGUGCUGAGUAACGAUGACACAGAAAAUGAGCAUUGCCUCUGUCUGUGUCGGGGUCGAGGGCAUGACCUGCGGCUCCUGUGUCCAGUCUCUGGAGCAGCGGCUCGGAUCCUUCCCAGGAGUUAUCCACAUUAAGGUGUCUUUGGAGUUAAAAAACGCCGUCAUCGUCUUUGACCAAAGUAAACAAAGCCCUGUCUCUCUUUCCUUUGCGAUCGAAGACAUGGGCUUUGAGUCGAGCCUCGCAGACUCCGGUAACUCCUCACCCGUGCCCACAGACACUCAGCUUAUCCCUGCACCGGGGCUGUCUCCUGCCGCCCAACAGGAGGCGCUGGACCGACUCUCACACAUUCAGGGCGUGCUGGAGGUCACGCACAGCCCCGCACAGAUGGGGUUCACCGUCACCUUUGUCGCCGGCCUGACGUCUACGCAGCAGCUCGGUGAAGUAGUCUCCAGGGUAGCGGCUACAGUGUCUCCCAAAGACCGCGGCAGCCCCGGCUCAUCCCUGCCCCGCAGCGCCGGGGCCGAGGCAACGCUCCUCAAACUGUGCAUAGAAGGAAUGACCUGCCACUCCUGCACCACCACCAUCGAAGGGAAGAUCGGGAAACUGAAGGGAGUUCAAAAAGUUAAAGUUGCUUUAGAUGCUAAAGAAGCUACCAUUGUUUACCUGCCGUACCUCAUCACGAUCCAAACCAUCCUGGAGCAGAUUUCUCGCGCUGGAUUUAAGGCCCAGGUGAAGUCCAAGCCCCGCCCACUGCAGCUGCCGACUGAAAUCGAGAGUUUUAUCGAUUGUCAAAAAUCUGCCGUGUCUUCUCCGUCAGAAAACACAGAAGAGACCGAGAUCUUCAUCGAUACGACGCUCGUCACGCUCAGGGUCAAGGGGAUGCACUGCCGCUCCUGUGUCGUCAAUAUCCAGGACAAUAUCUCCACGCUGCCCGGAGUCGCGUCUGUGGAAGUGUCACUACAGAACGAAAAGGCGUCGAUCGUCCACGACCCUCUGCAGAUCUCAGUGUCUCAAAUACAGCGGGCGAUUGAAGCGCUCCCACCCGGGAACUUUAGGACUCAGCUCUGGGACUCUGCUGGUGCUCUCGGCUCUCCUCCUCCUCCGUCUGCACCAGCGCCGCCCGGUUUAGGAGGAAACGCCAAAUACGCCGUUCCUCAGCCGUGUUUGAGCCAACCUCUGUCGUCUGUCGCAAAUAUUCAUAUUGAAGGCAUGACCUGUAACUCCUGCGUCCAGUCCAUCGAAGGCGUGAUCGGUCAAAGGAAAGGCGUGGCUUCGGCCGAGGUGUCGCUGUCGGAGCAUCAGGGCGUUUUUGAGUACGACCCCCUGGUGACGACGCCGGAGGAGCUCAGAGCCGCCAUCGAAGACAUGGGGUUCGACGCCUUUUUACCCGAAACAAACUCGCUGCUGCCUGAAUCUACUGUGAAUGUGUCAAAGUCCCCGAGCCCGGCGCUUUUUAAAGAAGUCAACGAGAUACUCAAAGAAAACACUUUAGGAAAUAACAAAGACGCUUACUCCAAAUGUUACAUCCAAAUCGGAGGCAUGACCUGUGCGUCGUGUGUGGCGAACAUCGAACGAAACCUCAAGAACGAGCCUGGGAUUUAUUCGGUGCUCGUGGCUCUUAUGGCGAGUAAAGCAGAGGUUCGCUAUAACGCUGACCUCACUGACCCCAUGAAGAUCGCAGAGUGUAUAAAGGAGCUGGGGUUCACCUCGUCGGUCAUGGAGAACUACGAAGGGUCAGAUGGAAACGUGGAGUUUGUGAUCCGGGGGAUGACUUGUGCCUCUUGCGUUCACAAAAUUGAAUCCAGCCUCAUGAAGGUGAAGGGGAUCAUCUACGCCUCCGUCGCCUUGGCAACCAACAAAGCGCACAUUAAAUACGACGCUGAAAUCAUGGGUCCACGGGACAUCAUCAAACACAUAGAGAAUCUUGGAUUUGAAGCGUCUUUGGUUAAAAAGGAUCGGACAGCCAGUCAUUUAGACCACAGCAAGGAGAUAAAACAGUGGAGGAAGUCGUUCCUCAUCAGCCUGUUCUUCUGCGUGCCUGUCAUGGGCAUGAUGACUUAUAUGAUUAUCAUGGACCACCAAAUGAACGUUUCUCACCAUCACAACUUCACCAACGAAGACCGCAACCGCUACCACUCCACCAUGUUUCUGGAGAGGCAGCUCAUUCCAGGGCUCUCCAUCAUGAACCUGCUCUCCUUCCUCUUCUGUGUGCCCGUCCAGUUUAUCGGGGGCCGCUAUUUCUACAUCCAGGCCUAUAAAGCCGUCAAACAUAAGUCUGCAAACAUGGACGUUCUCAUAGUCCUGGCCACCACCAUCGCCUUCACCUACUCCCUCAUCGUUUUAAUAGUUGCCAUUGUGGAAAAAGCCAGAAUCAACCCAAUCACUUUCUUUGAUACUCCGCCGAUGCUCUUUGUCUUCAUCUCUCUGGGACGAUGGCUGGAGCAAAUCGCAAAGAGCAAGACGUCUGAAGCUUUGUCCAAAUUAAUGUCGUUACAAGCCACAGAGGCCACAGUGGUCACUCUCGGCAGUGACAUGUCCAUUCUCAGUGAAGAGCAGGUGGAUGUGGAGCUGGUGCAGAGGGGAGAUGUGGUUAAAGUUGUGCCUGGAGGAAAAUUUCCAGUGGACGGCAGAGUUCUUGAAGGUCACUCCAUGGCUGAUGAAUCGCUCAUUACAGGGGAAGCGAUGCCAGUAACUAAGAAGCCCGGGAGCACAGUGAUCGCAGGCUCCAUUAACCAGAAUGGCUCUCUGCUCGUGAGUGCUACUCAUGUUGGCAUGGACACAACUCUGUCUCAGAUCGUCAAACUGGUGGAGGAGGCACAGACCUCGAAGGCUCCGAUUCAGCAGUACGCCGAUAAGAUCAGUGGGUACUUUGUGCCGUUUAUCGUGGGUAUAUCAGCUCUUACUCUGGUGGCAUGGAUCAUUGUUGGGUUUUUGAACUUCUCUCUGGUAGAAAAAUACUUUCCUGCUUAUGACAAGAGCAUUUCCAUGACUGAAGCGGUCGUUCGCUUCGCCUUCCAGGCCUCCAUAACAGUGUUAUGCAUCGCCUGUCCCUGUUCUCUUGGCUUGGCGACUCCAACAGCUGUUAUGGUGGGAACAGGAGUCGGAGCUCAGAAUGGCAUCCUCAUAAAGGGAGGAGAGCCGCUUGAGAUGGCACAUAAGGUUCAGUCAGUGGUGUUUGAUAAAACAGGGACCAUAACAUACGGCGCUCCCAAAGUGAUUCAGAUGAAGAUGGUCGUUGAAGGAAACCGGAUGCCCAGGUCUCGCCUCGUGGCCAUUGUGGGAACAGCAGAGAACAACAGUGAACACCCUCUGGGCGCCGCCAUCACCAAAUACUGCAAACAGGAGCUCGACACAGAGGCUCUUGGGACUUGCACUGACUUUCAGGCCGUGCCGGGUUGUGGUAUUCGAUGUCAGGUGAGUAACACGGAGACGCUGCUGAAGCAGGCGGACAGCGACGGUGAAGACAACAACCAACGCAACAGUGUCCUGGUCCAGAUCAGCGACGCCAGGACCUCGGGCAGCUCCCACCCGCUCAUCAUGGACCCCCAGCCCCUCAGUCCGAUUCAGACAUCCACAUACGUCGUUUUGAUUGGAAACCGGGAGUGGAUGAGGAGGAACUGUCUGCAGGUCAGUCCUGAAGUGGACAACGCGAUGACCGAGCACGAGCGCAGAGGACGCACGGCUGUGCUGGUCGCUGUGGACAAUCUUUUGUGUGCGAUGAUCGCCAUCGCUGACACAGUGAAGCCAGAGGCGGAGCUGGCAGUUCACACUUUGACCAACAUGGGGCUCGAGGUCAUUCUUAUGACCGGAGACAACAGCAAGACGGCCCGAGCCAUAGCCGCGCAGGUGGGCAUCAGGAAGGUCUUUGCUGAAGUUCUUCCAUCUCACAAAGUGGCCAAAGUGGAGCAGCUGCAGCGGGCGGGGAAGAGGGUGGCCAUGGUGGGAGACGGCGUCAAUGAUUCUCCAGCUUUGGCCAUGGCUGAUGUGGGCAUCGCCAUAGGAACGGGCACAGAUGUGGCCAUAGAGGCGGCAGAUGUGGUGUUGAUACGAAACGACCUGUUGGAUGUUGUCGGCAGCAUCGAUCUGUCUAAAAAGACUGUCAAGAGAAUAAGAAUUAACUUUGUUUUUGCACUCAUCUACAACUUGGUCGGGAUCCCGAUCGCUGCAGGUGUGUUUCUUCCCAUUGGUCUGGUGCUGCAGCCGUGGAUGGGCUCUGCUGCCAUGGCGUUGUCGUCUGUCUCAGUUGUUUUGUCGUCUCUUUUACUCAAAUGUUAUAACAAGCCCAGCGCCGAGAAGUUGGAGGCUCGAUUUGGGAAGAGCCGUCGUCAGGGCAGUCUGUCCGACGUCAGCGUUCACAUCGGCAUCGGCGAACUACGACGAUCCUCCCCAAAGCUCAGCCUGCUGGAUCGUAUCGUGAACUACAGCCGCGCCUCCAUCAACUCACUGCGCUCGGACAAACACUCCCUCAACAGCCUCGCCCUGGAGCCCGACAAACACUCACUGCUGGUGGGAGACGCGACGGAGGAGGAUCUGAGAGUCUGAGCACGAGGAACCACCACCAGCCUUAGGCCACACUGUCACUGCGACGGGCCCCUGGGAGCGACAGGGGCCCUGGGAGCGACAGGGGCCCUGUGAGCGUCAGGACCCCUGUGAGCGACAGGGGCCCUGUGAGCGAUAGGCCCCUGUGAGCGUCAGGGCCCCUG